AUGGAGCGGCGCAAAAUUAACUUUACGGACGAAGAGCGCAUCAUCCUGAUGGAUCUGAUGGAGAGGCACCGCGAUGUGCUUGAGUGUAAAAGGACUGAUGCGGUGUCCAUCAACGCAAAGAACAAGACGGGGGAGAAGUUGGCCGAAGAAUUUAACAGUCGCCACAACGUGCGGCCACGAACGUCCAAGCAAUUAAAGAAGUGUUGGGACAACCUGAAAGAAAAGUGGCGCCGUGCCAAAGCCGAAGACACGCGUGAGAUAUUCAAAACAGGUGGUGGGGCCCCGGCGGGACGCCACAUGAAUGAUGAGUUGCUCAGGGUCGGUGCGGUGGCAACUCACAUGGCCACACGCCUUGUCAACCCAUUUGACAGUGACUGCACUGGGCAUCCAUGA